GGAGUUGGGGGUCCGCCAAGGUCCACCUUGUCUCGUAAAUAUUUCCCGUUUUAAUAUACUGUACAGUUAGAGCCCAGAGACAUUGAACUCCGUGUCAGCUCUUUGUGUGUAUGUGUGGACGUGUCUCUGCGUGUGUAAACAGGAGUGUGUGAGUUGGAAGGAGCAGCUGCACAGCUGAGGUCAGGGGAGACAGAAACACCAUAAUGGUCAGAGCUCAUGUGUGUUUGACUACAAUACGGCACCUCAUAGACACCAAGAUGAUACCAUGCAUCGGUGUACACAGGAGCCUGGCGUGUUUGCAUCGUGCUGUGGGUGGAGUUCGGUGGAAGAGCAGCUUUAGACCAGCCCCUCUACUGACAGCUGCUCCUGUUCGUGCCCUCAUAGAUGAACCGAUCAGCAUUAAAGGACGUUUCCUGCCCCCACACAGUCCUGUCACAGUGUGUGCACAAAUGCACAGUGAUGAUGGUGACCUGUGGGAGGCAUUCGCCCAUUAUAACACAAAUUCAGAUGGCACUGUCAACUUGACCAGGGAUCAUUCAGUCGGGGGUUCAUAUUUGGGCUGUGAGCCGAUGGGACUGUUCUGGGGACUGCAGCCGGCUCCUGGUUCAAGAGAAGGUUUAAGGCUGAGAAAGAAAAAUGUAGAGACUCCAUACGUAGUGCUCAUGUCCUUACUGGAGGGCCACGUUUCACCCAGUGAGAGACAGAGCACCGAGCUGGCUGCUGUAACUACUGAGCGCUGGUACAUGGCACCUGGUGUACAGAGAAAAGAGAUUCGCCAGGAUGGAGUUGUCGGGACGUUGUUUUUACCUCCCGGCCCUGGCCCAUUUCCAGCCAUGCUGGACUUGUGGGGAAGGGGAGGAGGACUGGUGGAGUACCGCUCCGCCCUUUUUGCAUCCAGGGGCUAUGCUAGCUUGUCCCUUACCUACCUGAAUCACAAAGAUUUGCCUGGCCUGCGAAGCCGUAUCAAUGUUGGUGAUCCAUAUUUCAAAUCAGCAUAUCACCUCCUUCAAGAUCAUCAUCAGGUCUGUGCUGACAGAAUCGGGAUUAUCGGUCUCUCCUAUGGAGUCUAUGUGACUCUUCGAAUGGGCACUCAGAUUGGUGUCAAACCAUCCUGUUUGAUUUGUAUCAACGGCCCAGUAGGAAUCAGUGUCAAGCCCUCAGACGCAGAUGGCAGGAUUGAUGAUGAUUAUAGUCACUUGGAGUUCUUGACAUAUUACAAUCAGGGAUAUGUGAGUUACAAAGACGCCACCUUGCCUGCAAACCUUAACCCUGAGAGCAAAGUGAAGUUAGAACAUCUCGCCUGUCCAUUGAUAUACAUAGUGGGUGAAGAUGAUCUGUGCAAUUCAAGCAUGGAGAACGCAGACGCGAUCAAGGAGACCCUGAAGGCUGCAGGAAAAUCCCAGCUGUUCACCCGUUUGUCGUACCCCGGUGCUGGUCACCUGAUAGAGCCACCUUACACGCCACACUCAAGAGCGUCGCUUUGGAGUGUCAAACAAAAUAAAAAAGCAUUUUUGCUGUGGGGAGGUCACCCUGCACCCCACGCUCCUGCCCAGGAAGAUGCCUGGAAAAAGAUCCUGGAUUUUAUGGAAACUAAUCUAAGACGAUAA